CAGCAGAAGAUCAAAAUAUAACAUAUACAGCAUUUAUGGAACAGUAUAUGGCAUCUGGUGCACCCUAUCUCAAAGCUCUCUACUAUCCAAUUAAUGAUAGACCAAAAGGAAUAAAAAGACACGAACUAGUAAAACUCAUUCGAAAAGCAGCUAAACUCAUCAUGAAUGGUUUUUCUAUGCCUGUAAAUCCAAGAGAUAACUUAGCACCAGAUGGACAACUAUUUGUUGAACUCUGUAAAAAAGAUAAAGCAUUGUGUGAACUCAUUACAGGAAGAGCACCUGGUACUAGUUUUCUUUGUUAUCAUUCUUGGGUCGAAGAACUCAUCCACGAACGUGGACCAUGGAGAGAAGUAAUUGAAAGUGAUGGUAAACGAAAAUCUCAUUGCCCAUUCAAUCUGACUUUGAUGCGUGAACUGAGAGACAAAUAUGGCAUUAUUCAUCAUGAAAAAAGUGUUAGUGAAUCGAAAACUUCUGUUUCGCAAAUGUAA